CAUCUGGUAGGGUAUUUUUGUUUGAGCACCAUAAGGUCUUAUUAGUUCUGUUUCUAAGGAUGCGCUAUAUUGGUGUCAUUGUUCUCUUGUUGUGCCUUGAGAUGAGUCUCUUUGUGUUCUCUUGGUGUGCCUUGAGAUUGAGUGAUCUGUGUGGUGUUAUUCCCCAGUAUUGGGUAAGUUAGUUUAUUUUACUAUCUUCUACAUGUCCUAGCUUUACAAUCGUUUCUUUAAUAAUCGUGAGAAUGGCGGUAUCAAAGGAGUGUGUAUUUUUCUUAUCUAGGGACGCAGGCUUGGGACUCUGCUGGAGUCAAGUCUGAGUUGUAGGCUUGGUAGUUGACUAUUGCCCGUGGCGUUGGGUUGGCGUUGUGAGGCCGGAUUGACUAUGGCACUGUGAUUAAGGUGUGCUAUAGCCCGUUGAAUGUAAUCUGUAAUUGCCAUUGAUAUUUAUUCAUAAUGUAUGCCUCAUAAUAUCAUAUAUAUCAUUAACUCAUUAAACCUUUGUUGUUAUAUGCAAUAUUGUUAUUCACUAGUAUACGUUAAUAGUUUGGUUUAUUCGUUCCUAGAUAUGUAUUGCAUAAAUUGAUUACUAGACUGUUAGGGGUGCCCAGGCAGACGAGCCAAGGCUAAAUUAUAACCCCGGCAUAAAGCUAAUAAACACUGCUCAGGUGGGGAGCCCGGCGGAGUACAUCAUACCCUAGAUGAGCGCGAGGACAAAACCCACCUGACAGAAAUGGGGGCUCUGGGAAACAAUAUGUAAAUGUCAAAUUUGUGACCUCUGUGUCCUUUAUUUGACCGCUAGGGCCAGUAUAAAAUGCAGAUACAUAAUGGAUAUGUUUUGUAUAUUUUAAAGUGAUCAGUAAAUACAUUUAUGAUGUUAAAGCGGUCUGCUGUUGUGCAGCACUAAAUAGAUUAGACGGGCAUCCCUUGUAUUUUGUCUAAUGGGAUUAGUUCACAAUAUGUAUCGAGAAACUUAGAGUGUAUAUUUACUAUUUGAAACUAUUGUAACCUGUUCUUUUAUUUAUUGUCACCAACGCCUGAAUCCUCUGAUUCUGAGCGCAACGUGUGAGUGGAUCGAGUGCCUGUCGACGGGAUCGACCUGAAACUGUGUGUCUUGCUGGCUGGUGUACCGGAACCGUCCUGAAGUUAGAACCGUUGGUCUGCUCCAGUGGCUUUGGUUGUCUGUGGCUUUUCUCUUCUGCGGAGCCUGGAGUGAGGCGAUUUUCUUCCGACGCGGGAUACUGAGCAGAUAAGUCCUUGGCCCUGUAUUUGUCGAUGCGCCCGUGAUUUCAGUUAGCCCGUUGUAAUUAAGAAAUAAUAUAUAUAUAUUUUUCCUUUUUAUCUCUAUGAUCUAACUUUGGUUUUUGUUAGCGCUAGUUAGCCUGUAAUUAGAAUUAAAUAAUCUGUGUGAUGGAGACAAGGUUGACUCUAACCGCCCAGUUCAUCAGUGACGGCCGUGCUCUCGGGUAUGAUGGUGAGAGGUUGGAGAGGUAUGUGACAGAGCAGAAGGCUGACUAUGAGAGAGCUAAGAAGGAGGAGUUUGAGCGAGAGGAGAGAUUGAAGAAAGAGGCGAAGGCAGAUGAGGCCGCCAGACAUGAACGAGAGGAGAGGGCCAGGCGUGAGGAACACGAGAGGUGGAAGGAGAGAGAUGCUAGAGAGGAGCUCAAGAGAAAAGAUGAACUGGAGUUGGCACGGCUUAAAGAGAAGUCGGCGCCAGAGGCAGGUGCAGUGAUAGGUCAGGCAGUUGAGGUGCGACAAAAGAGUGUCUUGGACAGGCUAGACAAGAACUUCCAAGGCAUGAAGGAAGAGGACGAUCUUCUGGCGUACCUGACGCACUUCGAGGCCGUGGCAGCAAGGUGUAAGAUUGAGAGUAAAGAGUGGGCCCUACUGUUGUCCUACAAACUGACGACACCUCUCAAAAACUUUAUGUUGAGGGACAGUCUGUUCCUUAGCGACAAGUAUGAGGAUGUCAAAACGGCACUUCUACGCCAUGCAGACAUCAAUGCAGAGACAUGCCGCAAAAGGUUCCACCGGGUCAAACCACGGCAGAAUGACUUCCGUGGGUAUGUGACCGAGUUGAGGACCGCACUGGAUAACUGGUGCAAAAUGGCUGAGGUCGGUAAGACAGUAGAAGAGAUCAAAGAUCUUUUCAUUAAAAAUAGGAUACUAGAAAGCGUAUCAAAUGAGGUGUACAGGCAGCUUGUCUUAAACAAACAGAGUACGGUAGAGAACAUGCUUGAGGUAAUCGAAGGUUUUAAGGUAGCUGAUUCGAAUGUAUCAAUUAGUAAAGAAGAAACUGUGUAUGUGGCAGCAGCAUGUUGUGAGCCUGUGAUUAAGCAGAGUCCAGUGGUUAAAAGAAAGGUAAUUGUUUGUUUCAGGUGUGGUGAGCAAGGUCAUAAAUCAGCUGAGUGCCCUAAUGAAUUUGUUGCCCAAAACAAUGAGACAGAAGUUGAGGAUGUAGAUCCCAAUGAUAUUGUCAAUGACCAAGACCAGCGAUCUAGACAUAGAUGACUAGAGGGUCGUCGCGAUUCGGAAGGUCGCCGUAGACCGAUGCUUCGGACAAAGGAAUCUCCGGUAUACUGAGUCAGUGCGUGAAAGGUGUUCUGCAUCCCGUCAAGUAUGUGAGUCGCAAGUUGUUGCCUCGGGAGCAGAGGUAUUCCAUCAUCGAGAGAGAAGGCUUGGCUAUUGUAUUUGCCAUUAGAAAACUGGAUAGAUACCUUAGGGGAACGACGUUUCACCUUCAGACAGACCACAAGGCCUUGGCUUACCUCCGGAGCACGAACUUUACGAACCACCGUGUUACGAGGUGGGCGCUGAUGCUCCAGGACUACAAUUUCGACGUGUGUCACAUAAAAGGAGAGGACAAUAUACUUGCAGACUUGUGCUCAAGACUGGUGUGAUUCGCACAAGAAGACUAUUUUAUUAUAGCUAUUGCUUGAUAUGUAUGAAUAUGUAUGUAAUAUGUACUGCUUGCUUUUAUUAUGCAUUGUAAUGUUAUAAUAGUUUUAUGAUGGAUGUUGUUCUUUGCGACAUCAUCUAUGUGAAUAAUUAUGUAAUUUUGACUUUAUGAAGGUUGUAUUCUUCGGCUUCAAUGUUGGGCAAUGUUUCCUAAUUCCUUUUGCUGUCUAUAUACUUCAGUUUUCAAUUUCUUUUUUGAAGACUGGACUUGUUUUCGCAAGAUCCAGUUAGAGGGAGAGGGGGGAUGUCGUGCGCAUCUGGUAGGGUAUUUUUGUUUGAGCACCAUAAGGUCUUAUUAGUUCUGUUUCUAAGGAUGCGCUAUAUUGGUGUCAUUGUUCUCUUGUUGUGCCUUGAGAUGAGUCUCUUUGUGUUCUCUUGGUGUGCCUUGAGAUUGAGUGAUCUGUGUGGUGUUAUUCCCCAGUAUUGGGUAAGUUAGUUUAUUUUACUAUCUUCUACAUGUCCUAGCUUUACAAUCGUUUCUUUAAUAAUCGUGAGAAUGGCGGUAUCAAAGGAGUGUGUAUUUUUCUUAUCUAGGGACGCAGGCUUGGGACUCUGCUGGAGUCAAGUCUGAGUUGUAGGCUUGGUAGUUGACUAUUGCCCGUGGCGUUGGGUUGGCGUUGUGAGGCCGGAUUGACUAUGGCACUGUGAUUAAGGUGUGCUAUAGCCCGUUGAAUGUAAUCUGUAAUUGCCAUUGAUAUUUAUUCAUAAUGUAUGCCUCAUAAUAUCAUAUAUAUCAUUAACUCAUUAAACCUUUGUUGUUAUA